AGCACGGUGGGGAAUUCGGAGUCGCGAGAGAGAGAGAGAGAGAGAGAGAUGGGGAAGAGCAGAAUACUUAUAAUCGGAGCGACAGGAAAGCUAGGCUACGAUUUGGCCAAAGCCAGCCUUGAAUUCUCUCACCCAACAUUUGCUCUCGUACGAGACUCCGCCUUCUCUGACCCCCUCAAAUCUCACAAGCUCGAGUCCCUCUCCAAUGCCGGAGCCACACUCCUCAAGGGCUCGCUGCAAGAUGAAUCGAGCCUCAUGGAGGCGAUAAAGCAAGUGGAUGUGGUUAUUUGUGCUGUUUCUUCUAAACAAGUUCUCGAUCAGAAACUUCUUAUUUCUGCCAUCAAACAAGCUUGCUCCAUUAAGAGGUUCAUUCCAUCAGAAUUCGGAUUAGACCCAGAUAAGGUUCAAAUAUCAGACAUGGACUACAACUUCUAUUCACAGAAAGCUGAAAUUAGACGUCUUGUGGAAGCUGAAGGCAUUCCCUACACUUACAUUUCAUGCAACUACUUUAUGAGCUUUUUACUUCCUUCGCUCGUUCAACCUGACCUAGAGACUCCUCCAAGGGACAAUGUUACCAUAUUUGGUAAUGGAAAUACUAAAGCUGUAUUCGUUAAGGAAAGUGAUGUUGCUGCCUUCACAAUCAGUUCAGUGGAUGAUCCACGCACAUUGAAUAAGGUGUUGUAUUGGAGGCCCCCUGGAAAUGUACAUUCCAUGAAUGAGCUGGUUGCGAUUUGGGAGACUAAGAUUGGGAAGAAGCUCAAGAAGAUAUAUGUACCAGAAGAAGAGCUUCUUAGGAAAAUUAAAGAGAUCCCAUAUCCUGACAACAUGAAAAUGAUUUUCAUAUAUUCUACUUUCAUAAAGGGUGAUCAUACAUACUUUGAUAUCGAGUCAUCUGGCGGUGUUGAUGGGACAAAACUGUAUCCACAGCUGAAAUACACUACGAUCAGUGAAUUUUUAGACACCCAAUUGAACGGAGCACGGACGAGAAUGUUUUCCAAUGGUAGCGAAAAGCAAGAUCCUGUUCGUUGGAGGAACAUGAUGCAUCGGAAAAUUCGUUGGGGAAGCAAGCUCUAAGGUCGGUCAUGGUUUAUAGAAAAAAACUGCUAUGCUCCUUUAAUAAGUUACGGAUAUGAUUGGCAUGUGGCAGUGUGUCACACGUCUGUAAUAGUGACAAUAGGGACCAAAGUCAUAGCGGGCUAGGGUUGGGUAUUAUGAGUUUAGUAGAUGGGCUCAGCUCGUGGGUUAAGUGUUGGCUAAGUGGUCAUCUCUUUCAUUUGCAUGUUAUUGUUGAUUGGGUUAUGACCCACUUCCUACUUUGAUAGAUAUGUUAGGCUUAUUUUAUUUUACUUUUGUUUUAGGUGUUGGCCCUUAGCCCAUAAGUUAUAUGUAGUGAAUGUCCCUCUUGCAAGUAUAAGCAGAAUCUGAAUACAAUUUUGUUUCCCUUUUUAAUCCUCCUCUUCUUUUCUGUUGGAGGUUGCUCCCCUCGAAGUGAGCCAUUUCUCAGUGCAUUUUUAUCAAUCAUCACCAGUGUGUUACAAAGUAGUAUCGGAGACCCCAAUCUCUGUGCUACCGUGGAAAGAACUUUUUUUUAUCCUUCAACGAAGUCAAAGAGUCAAUGGAACGAAUUCAAGAAAACUUUGAAAUUCUCCAUCAACAUGUAAUUGAUGGCAGGAAGGAUUUUGAAGAGAAAUUUAGCCAUCUAGAGCAACAGCUUCGUGUGUUGCAGGAAGAAGAAGAACACACAACAGCUUCGUGGUGGACUUUCUAGCUAAGUGUGGGGCUGAAGGUUUGAACUCUGAUUGGUCUGAUAUUCACAUGUUGCCUAGCCUGUUAAGGGGUCUUCUCCGCAUGGACAAAUUGGGUAUGCCCUACCUGAGGAUAUCAUAAGCCUCUUGCCAGGUUUGUUUUGUGUUUUUUACUUGUCUAAUUUUGAUAUCUUGGUAUUUGCGUCUCUUUGUUCUUGUGUACUUGGUUUUUUGCAGGUUCCCCUCUUUGGCUUUCUCGGAAGUAGGUUAUAUAUAUUUCUUUAGGCUUAUACCCUAUAUAGUUACACUUGUUUUGAUGCCUGGGUGCUCUUUUUUUAGAUUUAGGUUUUUGUACCUCCCAGGUGUCGUGAUUGUAACCACGGUUUUCCUCCGCCAAAAGUGAGGGCAAUCAAUAAAAUUGGGGUUCCGUCCUCUUUAAAAAAAAAAAAA